GCUAUAGUGGCGCGAGGCUUUCCCGAGGCCAGUCCGCCAGCCGACGACGCUGUCGUUCGUGUACCCGCGGUAGAAUUUUCGUGUCCGUGAAACGUAAUCAGCUCCUGACAAUCGGCAGGAAGAACGGUCGAGGCUCGAUAACGAGAGUUUAGCGAGAUAAAUAUCCGGGGGAAACGGAGAUCGUCGAUCAUCCUGACCAGCAGCAGCCUGCAUCGCCGGAAAACCGCCGCUGGGCCUUAGACUAAAAUCAUCGGGGCCUUCGAGGGUCGUCAACGACGGAACUGUCGACGCACCUCCGCCAAUCAGCGAGCCUCGAUAAGCCUGCAACAGCAACUCGCUUGUGACGUGCCUGCUUUCCACUUCCUUGAAGAUAGCACACGAUAUUACGCUCGUUUAUCGCCUCCUGACAGCUGAGCUAAUUCGGAUUCGUUUCUUAUAGCCGUGAGGCGAACUUGAACGUCACUUGUUUCGACGUUAUUCGGUCAGGUUCGAAACAAACGAACGGAGAGCCAAGGAAAACAUGGCUGAUUGUGGAAAAGUCGAAUGGCGGGCCAAGACCCUAAGUGGCAGAAGGAUGCGGCGGAUCAAAAUUUCGACUACAUGUUCAAGCUGUUAAUAAUCGGCAACUCAUCCGUCGGUAAAACAUCGUUCCUCUUCCGAUACGCCGACGACUCGUUCACCUCGGCCUUCGUAUCGACGGUGGGGAUCGAUUUCAAAGUGAAAACCGUCUUCAGGCACGACAAGCGAGUUAAACUGCAGAUAUGGGACACGGCGGGUCAGGAGAGAUACAGAACGAUUACGACGGCCUACUACAGAGGUGCGAUGGGUUUCAUACUGAUGUACGACAUAACAAACGCGGAGUCAUUCAAUUCCGUCCAAGACUGGGUUACGCAAAUAAAGACAUAUUCGUGGGACAAUGCCCAGGUUAUUUUGGUCGGGAACAAGUGCGACAUGGAAGACGAAAGAGUCAUCAGUUUCGAAAGGGGCAAACAAUUGGCCGACCAAUUAGGCGUACAAUUUUUCGAAACAUCGGCCAAGGAGAAUGUCAACGUCAAGGCUGUGUUCGAGCGGCUGGUGGACAUAAUAUGCGACAAGAUGAGCGAAUCGCUUGACAGUGAUCCAACCCUGAUGGGAAGUGGAGGUGCAGGAACCGGGGCGAAGGGCCAGCGACUUACGGAUCAGCCGAGUAACCCCGCUAAUGCAAACUGCAACUGCUAAGGCGUCAUAAUUGCGCCUCAUGGAAAAUCCCUUUGAGUGCCGACGCUAGUUGGCUAGUCCAUAAUUUCGUCGUUCCUUGUUUGUCUCUUCUUCCUCUCCCUCUUAAUUUCACCCUCUCUCUCUCUCUCUCUCUCUCUCUCUCUCUCGCAUUCCGCCCCUGUACUUCAAUUUCCAUUCAGUCCAAGCCUUUGUUUUUACGGUUAGCGAUACUCGGUUAGACAAUACUCUCUUUACAUUCUCACCGUUCUUAUUCUGGUGUUCAAAUUUCCCGCCAUGUAGAUUUACUCGUUUGGGAUUCGCAGAAAUAUUAUACAAUUUGAAAAUUUCAUACAGCAGAUUUGAGUAAAUGAAUUUUUAUCGUCAAAUCUCGUCGGAUUUUGAAAUAUCAAUUCUGGAUCGUUUGAAAAAUUAUCAACCGAGUAAAAAAUAAUCAUAGAUUUAAGUUCACCUUUUGGUCAAAGUUAAACGUUAAUUUUAGCCUCAUUAAACCCGAGUGUUUUUCAUUUCACAUAACGUAAGAGUUAAUCUACUGAUUUUAGGAUGAAAUUCGUCACGAAGAGACGGGCAAUUAAUGGGAAACUUGUUUAAAAAUAUUUCGAAAAUUUGAACACCAUUUUACGAAAGCCAGUUUAUGGUCUCUCUCAUCAUUAAACAUGAAUAUUAUUAUCAACUGGAAUAGCAGUACGGUGGCUAACACAGAUGACAACUGUUAUGAGAGGAAAAAUUACACGAGCGAAGGAACCAAAGUAUAAACACAAUCCUGUUGCACCAGCAUCCUAUAAUAUACGAUAUAUCACUAAUGUAAUGUAAUAUUGCGCGGUGUACAGCUGAAAUCAGCGAAUUGUGAAUUUAUUAAUUAGAGUCUCAAUUAUUAGAAGAAUCUUUGUAUAUACAUAUACAUGUACACAUUACAACCGAUUGAAAAUGAGUGUGUGAUGUAUAUUUAGAUACAUCAGCUAUACAUUGUAUAAUCUAUAUUAUUAACUUAUUCUAUGACGUGUCAAUUAAAGUGAAUUUCAAUUGCCUGCUACGACGACGACGAUAAUUUUCGUCAUUGUAUACACGAGUUGUCAUUAUGUAUAGAAACUGAAUCAUAGGCCUUUUGUAACAGACAGAAAUCAAACGCGUUUAGUCAGGGGAUUCGGUGUGGAAAUGAAAUUUGGCAAUUUGGCGAAGUACAGAUCGGUGAUCCAAUCCGAUGAAGUAAAAUCGGUGUCACGAAUCAAAGUUUAAGCUUUGAAAAAAAAAAAGAAAAAAAACAACGAUAUCAAAUUUUCAACCGAUACUCGAUUUUUACAAGCUAUCGAAUUAAUCGCUGCUAUGAUUUGUAUCCUGAAAAAUUUUAAUUCUUCUCGAAGUAUGCAAUACAGAUAAAAGGCAAAUAUUUCGAUGAAAUGAUUCUUGACAAAGUCAUCGAGAAAAAAAAAACCACCAAUUUUGUCGACUCAAAUUAAAAUGUCUUUGAAGUAUGUAAUAUUCGUCAUAACAAUCUCUUGACGAUCAGUUUGACGUCUUACGAAAUUUUAACCCUUUUUGUUAAAAUUAAAGAUUAUAAUUGUACAAAAAUUGUAACCCCGUUAAAUGAAGUCUGUAAUUUUUGUCACCUUGUUAAACUCAAUUCGUACCGUUCUCUUUGAAUAUGUUAGUAUAAUAGUAUAUAAAUUUAUACAUACGUGAUAGAGGUAUGUUAUAUAUAGCUCACGUAAUCAGCGCUACAGUAUUUGCAUAUACAUUGUAUAUGUAUAUUAUAGAUAUGUAUGCAGUAUAAUGUCCGUAAUGUUAUUCCAUUGUCUAUAUUUUUGGAACUUUCCUCAUCGUUCCAUUGAAUUAGUUUCAUUUCAAUUCCUUUCAUUCCCUAUUUCUUCACUCCCGUCCCGCCCAUUUGAAAACUAGGCGAACUACCCUCUGUAAAUAAGAUAUAUUAAAUAUUAUUGACAUAUGUAAUGAAGUGUAUAAUGUAUGCGUUAAUAAUUUAUCCGUGUGAAUUAACGAGGGUCCAUUUCCGCACGAUAGGAUGCUGAUAGAACCCGCAACGCAGAAUAUAAAACAAUAAAUAAAUCUGAUGAUAAAUUGAAAAGAAACCGCGUUUCGAAUUGCGAUUACACAUGUAUACAUAUAUAUAUAUACAUGAGGGUGUUUCAAAAAAAAAGAAUUUUUUUUUUUUCUCAUGGUGGCCAAAAAUUGAUAGUAUACCUAAAAACAAAAAUUUUGGCACCAAUAUGGGCUCUUAAUAUCAAUAGUAAGGUUUGACUCUAUGCAUUUCUUUAUUUUCCAUUUAAAUAACACGGGAAAAUUUAAUUUUUAUUUUGGAAUUUUUGUUACUUUGGAACGGUUCAUCGUAACAACAAUCUGAAAAAAGAGAUUUGUAGGAAAUUUCACGCUCUACAAAAAACGUCUGAAGAUCAAAGUUCCUCAGAUCAACCCUUUCGAAGAUAUCAGCUAUCAAAAA